AUGUCUUUUCGGGAGAGAUUCAAACGCAAACUUGGAUUGCGCAGCUCCAAGGACCAUGAUUCAUGUCAAAGUCAGGACUAUGUCCAGCAAGACAUACAGCAGCCCCAUCUUCGAGCCGCUGGAUCGUCGAGCGAAAGAAAUAGCACCAAUACUCUGACCGACUCGCCUAGUCCAUCGACUCCCCUGACACAGUGUCUUUCCGAUCAACCUCCGCAAGGCCACGUGAAUGAAGGCGCAAUUCAAGAGGCAGCGCUUACCCGCAAAGACAACGACGAACAUGAUAUACGGGCGCUCUGGGACCUGGCGUAUGAGGCGCUGAGAGAAGAAGAUGAACGGCUCAUCCAGGAUUUUGAAGAGAAAAUCGAGGGCGACCUUAGCGCUGGCCUGAGUAAGGCUGUGGGCUCUCGAGUCGCCAAGAGAGAGUGGAUGGAUGCGGUCCUCGCACGCAAGAUGGAGCAGGUCAACCAAGACUCGUGGAAGCUAAAGUUUCGAAGCUCCGAGGUGCUCGUAAAGGACGUGGUGAAACCUGUCUUGGGAGUUGUAAGCUGGGCCAACGAAUUUAUCACAAAGGCCGUGAGCUCAAAUCCGUCCGCAUCACUCGCUUGGGGCGGCGUCAGUCUGCUGCUGCCGCUGCUCUUGAAUCCUUCUAAGCAGGCCGCCUCUUUGGCCCAGGGAAUAGAAUACAUCUCGUCCCUGAUUGUUCAGAGUUACCUGUGGGAGGACCUUUAUGAGCGGCGCUUCAAGUCUGAGCCUGGCGGCUCGUCUCAGACUUCGAAUCAUACGUACCGAAGCGCUCUGAAAACGCUAUAUCGUCAUGUCUUAAAGUUCCAGAUUACCAGCUAUUGCUACUAUGCCCACAGCACCGCCUACCGCCUGGGUCUGGACUCUGUGAAGUGGAAUGAGUGGGAAGAGCUUCUGGAGAAGAUCAAAGAUCAAGAGAGAGUGCUUUCUGCUGUUCUCACUAUUUGCCGGGAUGUGAGAUACGACGAGGAAUGCUUCGCUGCCGAGCAGAGACACAGACAGGUCAUGUCUUGCUGGGAAAGUAUCGGGACUGAUGUCUCCGGACUCCUGUCAGCAGUCAGAGAGGCUCAGAGGGAGGACAAGCGCAAAGAGCUGCUUCAGUGGCUGUGCGCAGUUGACACUUCUGCGUUAUACAACGCAGCGCGCGAUAAACACCAAAUCGGCACAUGCAGGUGGUUGGUCGAGGACAGCAAGGACUUUAAAACGUGGAUGGAGUCCCCGAAAUCUUUGUUAUGGCUCAAUGGAAAGCCUGGUUCUGGAAAGUCGAUCCUGAGCUCGUCUGUCAUUAAGCACGUGCAAGAUAAUUGCAAGUCCGACCCUGGAACAGCACUCGCAUACUUCUACUUCAACUUUGGAAGCCAGGAGCAGCAGAGUGUGGCCAUCAUGCUCUCUUCCUUUGUCAAGCAGCUGUGUGCCAGUCGACCCGAUACGCCACAGGCCAUCAAAAACUUCGAGGGCUACAAGACGAAAGGCGAGCGCCCAGACACAAAAACACUUGAGGACGCUUUGAUAGCGUCUUCCCGUGGAUUUUCGGGCGUUUUCAUCGUCAUAGACGCUCUCGAUGAAUGUUCUAUCCAGAACGGAGAGCGAGGGAAAUUGUUGGCUUCCCUAACUCGCAUAGUAGCUGCAAUGCCCGAUAGUCUGCACCUGUUCUGUACGAGUAGGCCGGAGCCAGACAUCAGCACGGCGAUCACUAGGCUACUGUCUUCAACUUCGGGAAACGAGAUCAACCUCAUGGAAGAUACCACGGGGUUAGACGGCGACAUGAGUACGUACAUCGACUCAGUACUGGAGUCAGAUGAUUACCGUUCGUGGCCCGCCGAGCUCAAAGAUGAUGCGAAAAGGCUACUGAUUGAAAAGGCAGAUGGAAUGUUUCAAUACAUCGUGUGCCAAUUCGAAGGAUUGCGGAACCUUCGCUCCAAAAGUCUUAUCAGCUCAGCGCUGAAGAAUCUUCCCAAAGGACUCGACGCAACUUAUGAUAGGCUGCUUCUCAGUCUGGAGCCCGAGUUCGAAGCUCAGAUCUUGAACACACUCAAAUGGCUCGCGUUUGCGAAUAGAACCCUGCGACUGGAAGAACUGGCUGAGAUAUUCAUCUUUCAUCCUGAGCGCGCUGUCCUGUUCGACAAAGAAGAGCGGCUUUUUGAGCCAGAAGAAGUUCUGCGAUAUAUACCAAGUCUUGUCACAGUCCAGAAAGUGCAUGACAAGGACACGAGUGACGCAGUCGAUGACAAAUCGAGGAGAUUCACAACAUACGUACGACUGGCUCAUUUUACCGUCAAGGAGUAUAUGAUCUCCAGUCGUAUUGGCAAAGGGCCAGCCGCUCGCUACUCAUUCACCGAGAACGACGCUCACUUGCAUAUUUCGCAUUGUUGCCUCGCUUAUCAUCUCUAUAAGGUCGACGAGACUUAUACAGACGAUAGCUUCCCUGUUGGGGAUUACGCAACUGGCAACAUCGGAUGGCAUCUUGAGAUGACGCCGCGGCACAAAUGGACCUCUGAAAUCGUCCGCCUCGCUGCACGCGCUCUCGCUGUGCACAGUUCCAGUCUCAUAGAGAUUUUGUGCAUCACAAUCAACCGUGAUGAUUUCGACGCUGGCAAACCCGGCCUAGAACAAUCUCUCCGGCGGCCGUAUUGCUAUACUGCCUCACGUGGCUUUCUGCAUCUCACCGAUUUGCUGCUCUCUCCAGCCUCCGAUACCUACGACUAUUUGACACAGGAAGACCUGGACCUGACGCUGCUAAAAGCUGCGUCGGCGGGGAGCUCAGGGAUCGUUCGACUUCUCCUCGACAAGGGUGCUCAUGUCAAUGCGCAGAACGACAAAGGGGAGUCAGCUCUGCAGCUCGCUGCGUCACGAAAUCACUCAGAAACCGUGAAUUUACUCCUGAGUCGUGGUGCUGACACGUGUAAGUCGGUAUGUGCUUUGACGUCAACUUUGUCGUCGCUUGACAGCAUGUACUGGAAGACGAUAUCAGAGCAAAGUUCGAAUUGGACGACAUCGGCGGACUGCAAUAAUAGUCUGCAGCUUCUUAUCGAUCAUGGCGCAGAUAUCAACAAGCAGUGUGCUGUUCAUGGGACCGCCUUAAGCAUGGCAGCAAGUAAAUUGUGGGAUCACCGAACGCGAUACUUUGUGGACUUCUUACUCCAACGCGGUGCUGACGUCAAUCUGUUGGGAGGCUAUUUUGGCUACCCGCUUCAGGCAGCAUGCUCAUCUUUGAUCGGCGUCUGCGAAGAUAACGACUACGAGUUCCAAAGUGAAGUGGUCAUGGCUUUGCUCGAGAUGGGUGCUGAAGUAAAUGCUCAAGGGGGCAGGUACGGCAAUGCGUUGCAGGCUGCGAGCUGUGCCAGCAAUAUUAGGACAGUUUAUCAUUUGCUUCGUAGAGGCGCCGUCAUAAACAUGCCAGGCGGCCACUACGGAACCGCAUUGCAAGCAGCAUGUGCAAACAAGCAUUGGUUCACCGCGGAAGAGUUGCUGGAUGGAGGUGCAGAAGUUAAUGUCCAAGGAGGUGUGUAUGGCAAUGCUUUGCAGGCGGCAUGUUAUUCCAAUGAGGUGCACGAGGAGUAUUCUAGGAUGGAGAUUGUACAGCAUCUGCUGGAAAGGGGUGCCGAUGUGAAUGCUGGCGGUGGAAAAUUUGCAAGCGCGCUGCAAGCCGCAUGCGCAUCAAAAAAUAAUUCUGGUGAAGCGAUAGCAAGGUUGCUACUCAGCAAGGGCGCCAAGAUCAAUGCGCAGGGAGGGAAAUACGGCACAGCAAUUCAAGGCGCCUGCGCAAGAGGUAACACAGACGUAGUCUUCUUACUUCUCGGCCACGGCUGCGAUCUGAACAUCGAGGGCGGCAAGUACGGAACUGCACUGCAAGCGGCCUGCGCACCGAAAGCCUUUUACGCGAGGGUUUUCUACUAUAAACUCGUGCGCCUAUUGAUUCAACGUGGCGCCGACGUUCACGUUCAAGGCGGGAAAUUCGGGAGCGCAUGGCACGCUGCGGCUGCACAAAUCAGUGGGAAAUCCACCAAGGUCAAUGGCACGCUGAAGAUGCUGCUCAAUCACGGUGUUGAUGUGAACGACAGCAGGGGUCGGCUACACGGAACUGCUUUGCAAGCCGCCAUUGAGCUCUGUCGAAAUCCAGAAAAGGCCAUUGCCAGAGUUCGUUUCUUGCUUGAACGUGGCGCUGACAUCAACGCAGGAGCCGGUUUGUAUGGAUUCCCCUUGCAAUCGGCGUGCGUGGCGUCAUACAGUGAUGGGAGGUCCGCAAACUGGAAGGUUCUGUCUUACCUCUUUGAAAACUGCCCCGAUAUCGACGUCAACAUGACAGGAGGUAAAUUUGGCACGGCCCUGCAGGCAGCAGCGUACACAGGCAACAUGUAUGCCGUAUACCUACUGGUUGGUGAUGUCGAGAAUGCUGACGCUGAGUAUCAAUUUUUUGCUGGUGGCUCGGGCUCUGGCGGCCAUGACGAUUCUGACUCUGACGGUUAUGAUGACUCUGUGUCUGACGUUCAUGAUGACUCUGUGUCUGGCGCUCAUGAUGACGCCCCUCGUGCCCCGCGUCGUGUGGCCAAUAUCAACGCCCAUGGCGGCGAGUACGGCAGCGCACUUGUCGCAGCGGCGCAUGUAAGCGAGACAUUUGUGGCGGAAUCACUUCUUAAUUACGGCGCUGAAGCAGACGCUCGCGGCGGGAAAUACGGUACCGCACUCAACACAGCGGUGGUCAAAGGAAACUGGGAUCUUGUCGAGACCCUGCUCAAGGCUGGUGCGAAGCCAGGCUGCCGUGACCUACCAGAACACGAUGAGGAGUGGUUGAAAUGGGUCGAGAAGGAAGAUGGGCGGGGUGCUGUGGAGGGGUAUAGGAAGUUUUGGGAGAAGCAGAAGCUCAAAUCGGCACCUACAAGUACAUGA